UCCUUCGACCGUUGGAUCACCCAGUGCGCAGAUCUCAAAGCAAUCAGUGGAUGAUCCAACGGUAGGCUUGAGGGUGCCCGAGAGCUCAAGCAUUUGAGUCUCUCUUACCAAUUUUGAUUUGCUCGACCUGAAACGGUGAGACCUCACCUAGAAGCGUCCCUCCUCCUCCUCCUUGCUCUCCGAGAUCUUCUUCCCGUCCUCCCAUUCCGAUUCCGAGGCGUGGGAACGCGGUGGGCGCUCUCAGUUUCCUCCUCAUCCGCCUCGGCCUCUAUAAAUACCGGCCGAUUUCUUGCCCCAGAGGUCUUCGCUCGCCUCGCUUGGUGGAGGGGAGUCUUUAGACCCCUUUCUCUCGCUCGCUCGCUCGCUUGCUCUUGCUCUCGAGGACUCCGAAAGGUCAAGAGACAGAUUGGAUCUCUUCUUGGGUUCUCAAUUCACAAAGUUGUUGCGUACCAGCAUCUUGCUGUGUGUCUCUAGCCUGGCAUGAUGGUUUCUUUUGAGAUGAAUGACCGCAAAAAGAUUGGACUGGGACUGACAGGAUUUGGUAUACUUUUUUCAUUUUUGGGAAUCAUUUUCUUCUUUGACAAGGGACUGCUAGCAAUGGGGAAUAUUCUCUUCCUGUCAGGUGUCAUGUUAACCAUCGGACUUAAAUCCACCAUGCAAUUCUUCACCAAGCGUAAAAACUACAAGGGUACAAUCUCGUUUGGAUUUGGCUUCUUUCUGGUCCUGAUUGGCUGGCCUGUCUUUGGCAUGAUCUUGGAGUCGUAUGGUUUCAUUGUUCUUUUCAGUGGCUUCUGGCCGACCCUUGCAGUUUUCUUGCAAAGGAUUCCUGUGCUUGGUUGGCUAUUCCAACAGCCAUUUGUAACAUCGUUCUUUGAUCGAUACAGAGGCAAACGUGUCCCAGUUUAACAAAGGAUCUUGUUGCUACUGAUUGGAUGGAAUCAUGCAGCACAAAGUUCUUUGUAAGAUAGCAGUUGAUUUUGUCAAACUCAUUCUUGCCUUGAUGUCUGCGAUAUCCCGUCACAAGCCAGCUAUGUUGAUAACUUAGCCAGCUCAUUCUUCGUAAGAUAGCCUACUCCUUGGAUGUUGGAUCGUGUUAUAGAAUUACAUUGCCUCCUACUGUGUCGGCUAUCUUUUCAAAGAUACUUUGACGGUUUUGAUUGCAACUGCUCGACAUCUUCCUGCUUCACGCGGGAAUGGUUAAAUCAGAAAAUGUUACAAGAGCCGCUUCGCGUUUGGUGGUUGUGGUGCUUUUAACUGGUGUGCAUGUUUGGGUAGGAAGUAAUGCAUUUGGUAUUUACCAUAUUAAAUUAGGAAUAUAUGGAAGGAGUUAUAGUUGUUAUUUCCAUCAGAGGAAGAGGCGAUUUAUCAAAAUUUGUGUGCCAAGUAUUAUGUUUGUGUUAGUUGGAUGGGGGAAAAGGCUACUGAAUUAUUAA